GCGACUGACAGCGCGCAGUCGAUACUUUGACGUUCACCGAAAUAGGCUAAGUCUCUUUAUUUAAUUUAGUUUAUUACUUUUUUAUUUAAUUUCAAAAUGCGUGUGUUGUGCUUUUUGGCGAUUGUCGCUUUUGUAGCAAGUGCGAGAGCGGGGAAAUUGCCGUCAUUCAUGAAGGCAUGCUCUGCAUCGGACCCCAACCUCAACCAAUGUGUGGAGAAGGUCAUAGCUUCAGCGGGCGCCAAGUUCGCGAACGGCAUACCCGAGCUGGGAAUCAAACCCCUGGACCCCGUGGAGCUCGGGCGCAUAGUGGUGAACAACCCCGCGCUGAAGAUCACCUUCGAUGAUACCGUGGUGACCGGGUUGGCGGGAUUUAGAAUCAAUUCUUAUAAGAUACAACCAGACAAGGGCAAAGCGGCGCUUGACUUCACAGCCAAUGUGACACUGAAGGCGCACUAUAACAUGGACGGACAAGUGCUGAUCCUGCCCAUCAGGGGCAACGGAGACGCCAAGAUUAAGAUCACGAACCUCAACAUCUUAAUCAAGUACGCGUACGAAACUGUGGAUGGCCACUGGAUCGUGACGGACCACAAAGAUUCGUACAAGAUGGACCGCGCACAGUUCAAGUUCACCAACCUGUUCAAUGGAAACAAGGACCUAGCCGACACCACACUCAGGUUCCUAAACGACAACUGGAGUAUAAUCAUGCAGGAGAUAGCGCCGCCGGCGAUCGACCAGGUGCUGGUCAACUGCGUGGAAGAAGUCAAGAAGCUGUUCAAAGGCGUGCCUGCUGAUGAACUGCUGCUCCAGUGAAAUGCGGACACCAUCCACGCGGUGAUCAACGAGCACUGGGAGCCCGUCAUCCGCGACAUCGCACCCACCUCCUUCUCAACCAUCAUCACCGCCUGCGUGGACGAGACCAAGAAGCUCUUCGCCGCCGUGCCCGCCGACCAGCUGCUCUUACCAUGACUCACCACAUACCACCAUCAUAGUAUGAACCAUGUUAUCAUGGUAAUAAACACAAGGCAUAUAGAGAUACUUAGAUGUUCUACUUCACGAUGAUCGUUCAGCAUGGUUGUAGUGUGCGUGACGUAAACCGCGUCGCGGGUGACACUGAGCGCCACGCACAUUAAAACGUGUAUGUGUGUAUUCAUCCAAACAUAGCCAAACAGUCUUCGUGAAAUAGGACAUCUGUACUAGACUGUUAAAAUCAUAACCCUUCCUUUUAGUUGGGUGAAAAAAUGCUUGUAGUAUCUACGUCAAACGAAGAACUGUCACGCUGACCAUACACGAUCAAGUUUACCGUCAAGUUUGCAUCGGACUUGAAGCGGCGCCCAGUAAACUUGACGGUGUAUCGCUAUCAUUGAAUGGACGUCGCUUCAAAUCCACUGCAAACUGCGAUUCGCUUCCUAGUUUCUAAUCCGAACCGCUAGGAUAUGGAACGCCCUUCCGGCAUCAGUUUUCCCUUCCACUUUUAAUAUGGGUACCUUUUAGGUCAAGCGUGAAUUGGAAACUUCUGGACGAGCGCGCACCAUCAUCACUGGCUAGCAGGUCUGAUUGCAGCAGAGUGCUAGUCUGUAAAUAAAAAAAACUCGACGUAAACCUUAUCGUGUAUGGUCCACGUAAGAAUAAUAGAACUUUAGACUCUUCGCUCACAACUCGCGAUGAUGAAACUAUUUUCUCGGCUUCUUUUGUUUCUCUUAGGACUACCCAGUGGACAUGUGUUUACCUAAAAUUAGGUACCGUGCAAAUGUGUCCUGUACGUAAGGACCAGCGCAGACGACGAACUAUUUCCACGAAGGACAAAAAAUAAUCUGUUGAAAUAGAAACCGUUUUUAUUUGAGUUGUCCUAUUAGUAGGUACUUCGACGUAUGUACUGAUGCAGUUUUGUAGCUCGAUUCCGUAAAACCUGCAUCAAUCAUUAUAACAAUCGCAAUUGUUGUUAUUGGCUAUAAUGCUAUUCUUGUUGCAGCAAUGCAUUGUAGCCAAUAGCGAGCGAGCGUCAAGCAAUGAGAGGUGAUUGCGAUCGUGACAUUGUAGCCGUUAUUCUACCGCAAUCGAGCUGCUGAGUGAUCUAUUGUAACGGACAAGAAAAGUACGCCAAGGACUAAUUCCUCGUCUGGCAGGCCCUUAGGUCCCUUAAUAAGGCUAAUAAUAAUGGAUGGCACAUAGGUACGAUAGGUAUUAGACAAUAAUUCUGGCCAAAGGCCCAAACUCUCACAUGCAUUAUCAUCAGUCAGGUUCGGUCUUAGUGUGCCUACGAUCACCUGUUACCUACCUACCAUAAAAAUAUAAAGAUUUUCGUCCUUUUUUGAAGUCUAUUAAAAUUUUAUUAUAGGUACCUACUUGUAAUAAGGUCGUCGGUUGUGGUUUGUGCGUAGUGUUAUAAUUUCCUUGAAACCUGCAAUUUCGCAUCGCACGCGCAGAUUUCAAAAUAAUGCGAUUUCCUUUUGCACAACCGUUAUAAUAUAUUUAGUGCACCAAAACAUAUCUAUCGCACAGCCCAUACUAGCUGCGGCUGCGUAGUAGGUAUGGUGCGCGCGUACUUGUGUAUGGUCUGUAAUACAAGAAACUGCAUGAAGCACUAGGCACUAGGCUUUAACCUAGGCAACAUGCAACAAUGCGGCAUGCCACAAUACAAACAUUACAAGGCAACAACAAAGAACAUAUGCCAGGUGUGAUGGACUAUAGCCAUUGCUAUAGGUAGGUAAUUAUAAUAAUUUCAGUUUUCACCCAUUCCACCCUCCUUCUUCUACAACCGCACCGCGCGCCACCGCAAGCAAUAUUUCACCAUCGCCACCUGGGUGCCUGGUGCACAUC